UCUGUUUCGCACAUUUCUUUCGCAACUGAGUCGUAAAUACCGAAAAUUAAAAAUUACUACGAUGAAUGACGAGGAAGAACUAUACAGGAUGUGGCGCACACGAAAGACUGCACUGCAAAUGUGCCACGACCGAGCCGAAGGUCGGCAUCAAAGUCAUCAAACGCUACUGUUUGCGCAUGCAGGAGGAGAGCAUUUAUCGCGCCAUUAUUGUGGUGCAGAACAGCAUAACACCGUCGGCCAGGCAGGCGCUCGUUGAGAUGGCCCCCAAGUACGUUCUGGAACGAAGAUUAUCCGCUCCUCUAAGACGGCCGGUCGCUACAUCUCCUACCGCAUCGUCGUCUAAGUGCUCGCCACCAUUUUGUACACAAGUUAGUUGCUAAAACAAAUAAUAAUUUAUCGAAGAAGAAUCGAAAAUCAUUCCAGACACUCUUCUCUUCGAUAAAGCGAAAAAUUAUCCACAAAUACAAACUUUUGAGGUUUUGUUAUUUUAUUUUGCUGAGAAGCUGUAGC